AUGGGGGCAGGACUUUGGCUGGCUGUGGUGCAGGAGGUGAGCCUGCGGGUGCUGGUCCAGAGGGAGCAGGCUGGGGGCUGGGCCUUGGCGCCCCGACUGUCCUGUCCCUCCUGCCCUUCCCUUCCCCACCCAGCGAGGGGGAGUGCCGCAGAGGUGUGCCUGCGGCACCCCAGGGUGCUGCCCACCAGGUGCACCCGCCACCUGACUCCCCUCUCACCAUUGGUCUCCAGCCCGAGGCUUCCCCAAGCUCCUGGGGGCCGCAGGGCCAGGGUGGGUCCUGGGACUAAGUGGGGUGCCUUUCUCCUGCAGACAGCCUUGAGCGCCUUUUUCCAAGAGACCAACAUCCCCUACAGUCACCACCACCAGAUGAUGUGCACUCCCGCCAACACCCCCGCCACACCCCCCAACUUCCCCGACGCCCUCACUAUGUUCUCCCGUCUCAAGGCCUCUGAGAGCUUCCACAGCGGCAGCCCGAUGGCCACGGCCACGUCGCCCCCGCCGCACUUCCCCCACGCGGCCUCCGGCAGCUUCGCGGCGCCCAGCUGGCCGGCCGCGGCCUCGCCCCCCGCGGGCCCGCAGCACCACCAGCCGCCACAGCCGCCCCUGUGGACUCCGGCACCCCCUUCCCCGGCGUCAGACUGGCCGCCCCUGGCCCCCCAGCAGGCCGCCUCAGAACCGAGGGCCCACCCGGCCAUGGAGGCCGAGAGAUAAGGGAGGCCCUCCCCCUCCCGAGGCCAGGACGGGGCGGGGGAGAGGACUCCGCGGCUGCCCUGUCGCAGCCUCUUCCCGGCCCUGGAGGAGGCCCGCGGCCAGCUCCGCGCCCAGCUCGCACGGCCGCGGCCCUGCUCUGGGUGCCGGUGGACGGACUCCGGGACCGCACGGCCUUCCCCGGAGCACUGGAGCUUGGCCCGCAGUGGCCGGGGCCGGGCCGGGCCGGGCCUGCGGAGCGCGUGGGCCCCGGCCGGCCGGCCGCGGAGUGCAGGGCCUUGCCGCAUGUGCGCGUCGCUGUGUCGUGUAUUUAUACGUCCGUGCUCUUCGAGAAGCAGCCUAGCUCAUGGGGCAGCUGGACCUUGCAUGUUAGAGUGAGCCCCAAGCCCCUUGCCGCCACCUGUCUCCCCGGGCCUGCCCCUCCCCUAGCGCCCCCUGUUGGCCAGCCUCGCUGUUCGCUGCAGAGAAAAGGAUUGUGGGAAUCUCCAGGACUCUCCCCUGCCCCAGCGCUGCCUGCUGGGGCUGCCUGCAUGCCUUCCCCAGCGCCCAGGGUUCCCGUGCCCAUUUCCCCUCUUACAAAGGAGAAGAAAGUCCCGAACCACCA